AUGUUCUGCCUGCUAGUGUUCAUGUGCUUCGGCGACAAGCUUGGCGAGAACCAGAUUUCAGAGAUCCAGCGAGUCCAGCGUCAUAUGCUUCUCAACCUCGAAUCCGCGAGUCACCAAAAUCAUGUUCCGAAAGAGGUGGUCGGAGUUCCUCCACAACGAGCGAGCAAAAUAAAGGAAGAUGAGAAUAGCCAAUUUGGCGAGGACGACAGUUACUUUAUGGCGUACGCGGACACUCUGUUCAACCUAGAGCUGCCGGAGGUGAAGCGGAAGCUGACGGAGGCGGAGAUGAUGACUCUAUGCAGCGAGUUCCUAAUCGGUGGGACGAACACCACCGCCACCGCCUUGCAAUGGAUCAUGGCGGUGGUGCUAGAAGGGCUUCGGCACCACCCGCCGAGGCAUUUCGUGUUGCCGUACGCGGUGAUGGAGGAGGAGGCGGAGCUGGGAGGUUAUGCGAUGCCGAAGAAAGCGAGCGUGAAUUUCAUGAUGGUGGAUAUGGGUUGGGAUCCGAGAAUGUGGGAGUAUCCGAUGUCGUUUAAGCCGGAGAGGUUUUUUGUGGAGGCGUUUGACAUAACGGGAACCAAAGGGAUCAAAAUGAUGUCGUUCGGAGCCGGGAGGCGGAUGUGUGUGGAAGGUGAGGGGGUGGCUCUCUUGGAGAAGACGAAGUUUACUAUUGUGAUGAAGAAUCCUUUGCGAGGCUCCGUGAUCACGAGGUUUGGGGUCCGCCCCAAUUAA